AUGAGCUCUUCCGAGCACCUUCAAACUCACCGCGUUCCGCCAAGGAGUGUUAAAGACCUUCUUGACGAACACAAGACGGCCGUCCUCGUCGACAGCGUCGACGGUCGAAAUGCGUCGGAAUAUCCGGCCGUUUACCAGACACUUUUGUACCACCACGAUGUUCUCUCCGGCACUCUUCUAUCUUUGGAAAAGAUUGCGAGAUCCUUCGACUGCGAAGCGGGGGACGCGUCCUACCACACAUGGGUGGCGUGUAAGAAGGUGGUCGACCAAUGUAACCGCCAAGCUCUGCGGCAUCCAUUGGGGGAAGUGCCACCAAUUGUAAAAGAACAGUCACUUGAGCGAUUGACUGUUGAAAUUGGGUUAGCGCAGCGGCACACUGUUGCCGGUCCGCACAUAACAUAUCUCAACCCCCGUAUUCAUGACGAUGUGGACGCUAUGAUCGCGGAAGCACAGCGGCGAUACAAACUUCUGCGCCUUGGCGGCUUGAGUGGAGACGAAGUUCUAUUAACUAUCCCCUCGUCUGAGGCCGGAAUACAGGCAGCCCGGACGUUGCAGAAGGCCAACAUCAAUGUGAAUUUAUACCCGGUCUGUACUUUAAUGCAUGCGGCGGCGUGUGUCGAGGCGGGAGCAGCUGCUAUCACUGUCAAUGUCGGGCAGGUAUUGGGGUGGUUUGAACGGGGAAAGGGGGCUCGUGCCUAUCCCGACGCUUUCGCGCAUCCAGGCGUCAAAUCGAUCCAAUCCAUUCUCACAUACUUCAGAAUCAAUGACAUCAAAACAAGACUUAUUGGACAGAACUUCAGAAAGAUGGCAGAGAUAGCACUGCUGGCCGACUUCGACGCUGUCGCAGUGUCAGAAUACCAGCUUGAUAGAUUGCAGUGGAACAUCGCACGUAUCGCUCCACCAGAGGAAGUCCCGAAGGAAGUCCUGGAGAAAGCGAGGCAAGCGAAGUACCCAGCAGGUCUUCUAACCGACGAUGGGAAUUUCUUGAAGAAACUUGACCACGAUUCCCAGAAUUUAAUCAGAAGCACGUUGGACCCAGAACUCGAGAGGUCGUCGAAGGCAAUGGACAAGAUCGAGGACGCAGUAUUCCGAGAGGUCAAGAACCAUUGGGCACGCUUGAACGAAUUGAAUCCAAACACCAGACCGCAUGGCGUAAGAAGUGACGAAGAAGGUGACAGACGAGUGAGCGGAGUUGCCAAGCACAAGUCCGCCGCGGCACAGAACGCAUGGAUCCUGGAUUGGAGGGACAAGGUGGAUGCGGAGUUGCAGCUCCAUGACCUAGAGGCGUUUUAG